CUCCCAGCCCUCGUCAUAUCGACACCGCCCCCCACUCCCGCACAUAAUUAUGUUAAUUAAUAUACAUACGCAUGAAUGUGGAUAUGUAAAUGAGGCACCGCCGCUGUCAACGUUCAGACUUGAGGGAGCUUGAGGCGGCAGCCACCACCACCACCACCAUUGCUGGCGGCUCCGACUCUCUCCGUCUGCCUUCCCACCGCCGUCUCAGAGGUCCGAGACCACGGAGAGAGCGGAGGCGGCGGACCAUGAGCGACGACUUAGCGCGGCCCGAGUCGCCGUUCCGCAGCAGCGUCCUCAGAGCGUUGCUCGAGAGCCUGCAGCAGCGGCCCGCGCUGCUGGCGGGAGACGCCGAUGACGGCGACGAUGAAAAGAAACUGAUCGCGGAGGCCGUGCUGGGGAUGGGCGGUGAGGGGUCCCCCCCGGGGGAGGGCGCCUCCCCUCCCCCGGACUCCUCGGGGGAUCACGGGAUUGCCGCCAGCGUGGCACGAGCGGCCUUCCUGGGCCCCACCAUCUGGGACCGCACCAUCCCCUACGGCGGCAACGCCUUCACCCUCGAGUACAUGGACCUGGACGACUUCUUGUCGCAGGAGGAGCUCACCGGGCUGGGCCUCGACGGAUUCGAGGUGGCCACCAGGGGUGGGAGCGCUGGAGGGGGAGGGGCGGGAGGAGGAGGAGGAGGAGGAGGAGGAGACGCGGACGAGAGAAGUAGGAUCGGCGACAGAGGAGGUGACGUCACGGGCAGAAGCAGCAGCGGUGGUGGUCCAGACAACUCCUCUUCGUUACCGCGACACCCACCGCCAUCACCGUCACCACCGUCACCAUCGUCAACGCCGUCACCAUCAACGGCGUCAACCAAACCCAGCAAGGAUCCCAAGGCGAUAGCCGCCAAGAAGCCACGGCGGCUGGCGCCGGAGGGCGAGGAGGAGGAGGAGGAGGGCGAGGCGGAGGAGGGGGGCGAGGAGGUGGACGACGAGGUGGAGGUGGAGUUUGUGCCGAGCCCCACGGACGUAGCGCUGUCGACCGUGCCGGGCCAGGAGCCCUUCGACCCGCGGCGUCGCCGCUUCUCGCCGGACGAGCUCAAGCCACAGCCCAUCGUGAAGAAGGCUCGCAAGGUGUACGUGCCUGACGACUGCAAGGACGAGAAGUACUGGCAGCGGCGCACCAAGAACAACCGCGCAGCGCAGCGGUCACGGGAGGCUCGGCGCUUCAAGGAGAACCAAAUAGCGGUGCGCGCUGCCUUCCUGGAGAGCCAGAAUGCGGCGCUCAAACGCGAGGUGGCAGAACUGCGAGCCACCCUCGCCAGGGCCACGCCGUCUGCCUCGUCAUCUUCCUAGCACGGGCUGGAGGAGAGGUGGACUGAUGAGUGGGUGGGUCGGUGGGUGGGUGGGUGAUUGAAAUGGUAGGAGAUGGAUCAAAGAUGGACUGAUGAGUGGGUGGGUGAGUGGGUGGUUGAGUAGGUGGGUGGGUGGAUGAGUGGGUGAGUGAAUGGUUGGGGCUGGAGAAGAGAUGGAAUUAUGGGUGGGUGAGUUUGUGAGCGAGUGGUGACGUGUCACACAGCGUCACCACACACGCUUGUCUACCGCCAACUCACUCGCCCAUUUAUCCACUCGCGCACUUGAAAGUCAGAACCAGGAGAGUUUUCCUGAGUGAAGCCCACUGGAUUAGGAAGCUCUUUUUCAAGGGCAAAUCGGGUGGCAGACAACAUCAAAGCAUUCCAUGAUUUAAAGAUUAAAAAACACAAACCACAACAAACAAUGGCACUUAUGUUGUAAGAUAACAUUCACAAUUAAACGUGCGUGAUUUUAAUAAGUCUUUUGAAAUCAGGCCAAAGGUUGGCAGAGAUGCCAAGAGACGGUGGUUACACACACUUUGGGGCAGCUAUGUUGAAUGCUUUUGAUCCCAAAUGGUGUGCGAAAUCUGGUGACAGUUAAUAGACAGACUUAUAUAGAGACCCACAGACUCGCACAGAGACCCAUAGACUAAUAUAGAGACCCAUAGACUCACACAGAGACCCACAGACUCGCACAGACUCGCACAGAGACCCAUAGACUAAUAUAGAGACCCA